AUGCUGUCGCGCGGCCAGAUUGCCGGGCGGCGGUUGCUAUGGCUUCUGUCGAGGCCCGCGCCGCCGCCUCGGGCCUUUUGCGCGGCAGAGGAUGCGCAGGUGCGGCUUCUGCCGGCCGAGGUCCGAGCGUCGAGCGAGGCUCUCUGGCGAAAGUUGAAGGCCGGCGGCGUUUCGGUGACGCCGGACUUCCUUAGCGAAGAAGAGGAGGCGUUGCUGGCUCAGGAGCUGGAGCCGCAGCUGCGCCGACACCGCUAUCAAGACGAGCAUUGGGACGGGGCCAUUCAUAGGUAUCGUGAGACAGAAACAUCAUAUUGGAGCAAAGAGUGUCAUGAGAUCUUGCAACGGGUCCGGAACGCUGCUUUUCCCCCAGGAGGACCACAGCUCACUCAAGUCCACGUCCUGGAUUUGGAUAAAACCGGCUACAUAAAGCCGCAUGUAGACAGCGUCAAGUUCUGUGGCUGCACCAUUGCAGGCCUUUCCCUCCUGUCCUCAAGUGUAAUGCGCCUGGUUAGUGAACAGAAUCCACAGGACUGGCUGGACCUUCUGCUGGAACGCCGAUCUCUCUACAUUCUUAGAGGGCCUGCUCGUUACGAAUUCACUCAUGAAAUCCUUAAAGAUGAGGAGUCCUCUUUCGAUGGAAGGAAGGUCCCCAGGGAGCGAAGGAUCUCUGUCAUCUGCCGAAACCUGCCCUUCCCAGGAGAACCAUCCUAGAACUGCUAGCUGAUACUGUUGCUCCGAGGUGGAAUUUAGUUUGCUGUCGGAUUGAAGCGGAGCUCCUUCUGAAGAAGCUACUCUGAUGCUGUUCCGUGGGGCGUUGUGUUGGAAGCUUUCCUCCAUGCAGUAAAAGGAGCCUAAAAAUGUACGCAGUCUCAGGAAGCGUUCUGCCUCUUGCGCCCAACCGAUAGGAAGAAGGAAGCCUGCAAAGAGCUGGCAAAGGGACCUGUCUGAAAUGAACCACAACACUGCUGAUCUCAGGGAAUAACAUUUUUUCUGUAAUGUGUAUUGCGGCAGACAUAGGUGGGGUGAAAUUAAGAGUUGAAACGUAGAGCUUUGUCGUUAGGGGAUACCAGAUUAUUGUAAUUUUUAAAUUCUCCUUUAAUUGCCUUUCCAGUUACUGAAGUAUUGAGCGUUGUUCUCUUCUCUGCUCAGUAUUCAGUAUCACACAUGCUGAGCCUCCAGACAGUGAACUUGGCAGGGCAGAUAGACAGGUGUUCUCCGGUGGUUUGAAUUCUUUCUAACAGAGAUUGGGCUGAAAAGGAGAAUUACAUUCUUGAUGCUUGUGGCUUACAGAUGCAAACAGGGUCUAAGCUAAAUGCCGAUUUCGGGGAUGGUAAGAAAAGAUACUUGAAUUUUGCAUUUUCUCAUUGUUGGUGCUACAACUGAAUAUGCUUUCAUUUCUGUGAGUUAAAUAACUUCAAAAUGAUUCUGACAGGGAGGUGUCAUAAGCACAAGAUUAGCCUUAACAUUUGUGUAAUCUAAAAAUAAAUAAGUGAUAAGGCUAAGUUAGAGUGUCUGUAAAUGAGAUCUGGUCUGUGGGAGGGUAUUUGAUGAGUGGGAAUACCUGGAAAAAUUUCCACAACUGAUGUGUGUCCCCAAAAUGCUAUGAAAUAGAUAGCACUUACCUAGUCUUUGAAUAAUUUGGGACACGGUAGAAUAUGAGAAAGCUAGGACUGAACCUGUUGUCUCCUGUUGCUCACGUCUGGAAUCCAGUUUUACCUACCACCAGAAACCCCUGACUCUCCAUGUCUGGCCCCAUCUCUUCCUUGUGUUUCUAUUUUAUUAUUCUCCUCUCUCCAUUUGCUAAAAAAAACCUCUCUUGAAACCCUAAGUUAAUAUCUGCAGUAUUCUUGACAGAAUACUAUGGUGCACUCUUAUGUCGCUGAACAAAAAAGGGCUCAGUUUGGUUGGGAUUACUGAGCAAUGUUUUUGUUUUUUGAAAAGAAGUACUGUAUGUUUUUUGUGAAGAAUACAGGCAUGUGGCUUCAGUCUGGUUUUGACUGUGUAUUUUCAUGAUGUUUUGAAUGACUAUUUAUUUGCCCUAAUUUGGAUCAAUAGUCAACACUAAGCUGUUGUUUGGGAUAUCCAGUAAUGCAAAAAAUGUCACCUCCCAGUGACUGAUUCUGACCCCAGAACCGGAGACGCUGUAUUUGUCCUUGCUUCAUUUUUAUUUUAUUGA